GGUUGCUCGUUAUAGGGCCCAUCUGUCCCCGUUGGCUGAGCACCGGACGCAAUAUUUAAGAAUGAUGGCAGGUCGGAUGAAGAGCCGAAGGACACUGAGUCUCCUGAUCCUCCUGAUCCUCCUCAGCCUCACUGAACUAUUUGAGGUGAAAGAGGAGCUGAUCCUCGACCACGCUGGCCUACACCGCCUCAGAGGACUAUCUGAACACAUGUUUCACGACAGACUCAAGAACCCUGCAGACCACAGGCUGGACAUUGACCAACGUUGGCAGUGUGAAGAGGGGUUUGCAUCCUGUGACACUCAGAUGGAACCGCAUGUUGAUGAACAGAAGACCCCAGACAGGCCGAUAAGUGCUUCAGAGAUGUCACACAGCUACAGCCAAAACCCUCUGGCCAUGACUGACAAAGAAAAGCCAACCGAGGACAGAGUCCAGCAGGAGUACAGCAUGGAUCCGCAUCACUCAGUGAUGGUCAGCAAAGAAUGCCUGUUCAAUGUCUCGUGUGUACCAGAAGCAGACAGCGACACUGUUUCAGAAGAUGGACAAACUGUGUCCGGCCUUAAAGCAGUCUUAGAAACAGACCAGGAGAAUCACCAGAUCAUGAAUCAACCGGACUCAGUUUCUCUCUACCAAACUCCACAAAGACCGGUUGACCAUAGCACACAGUAUGACCACCAGCAGAUCCUCAUUAUGCAGGAUGACCCCACUGUCAGAAAAGCUGCUGCUUCUCUUUAUGAGAAACGUCCAACAGUUACCUCUGUGUACGCUCUCGAUAAACACCAGAGACCCAAACUGAUCCACGGUGUCUCUGUGCCGCUGUCAGAGGACAGCCGACUGACGCUGGUUGGCCACGGUGAGAGAGACCGCUCUGGAGAGACGAGACUGGCGGGGUACACGGCUCAAGACGUGGCCAGGAUCAUUCAACAAACCUUCAGGACGGGUGAUAAAAUCAAAACAACAAGUGUGCUGGCCUGUGAGGUGGGAUCAGAUAAAGAGUUUGUUGAAACCCUGCUGAGGGAGCUCCAUGAGAGCGCCAACAUCGAGACAGAGCUGCACCUCAGGAAGGCUGUGCUCCAGGUCCGACACACAGGAGACAUCAUCACCCAAGACAUCUCCAAGCAAGGGGUGCAAUGGAGACACAACGAUGAUAGCAAGAAGGUGGUGGCAACCCUUGAUAGGAACGGACACGUCAUUAUCAGAAAUAAGCCUGGCAGGAGAGGGGAGGAAGUUUUUACUAAUGAAACAAACUUUCUAAUGAACGCCGAAAAGAAACAAGAAAAAAAGUCUGGUAAUAAAGGAGCAACAAGUAGUCCUAUCCCUCUCUACAGAAGCAGCUGGCCUGAAAAGCCACGCAGAUUUAUUGACCAGAAUGUAUUUGACAAAUUAGAUCCUAAUUACCAAACUGCUCUUAAUGAACUUGAAGCUCUGUCCUGGGCCUUCUUUCAUGAAGAACUGCCACUUCCACAAAAAGCAAAAACACACAACCAGAACAUCAACCCCCGGAAUUAUUUAAUAGGGGACAAAAUAAAAUUAGAAAAUACACAGUGGCUAAAGGAUCAGGAAAAAAUUAAAGUUCUUUCCAACUGUUAUGUGAUUAACACAGCACGAGAUGUCAGAAGUAUCAUCCGUCAUUAUGCAAAGGAUGGAGAAGAUUGGCCCUCAUACCUGAUGGUCAAAGACUGGAUAUUCUUUGUUGAUCCUAAAAGUCUGUAUGUGUAUCCAGUUGGAAAAAAGCUUGACCAAAAUGAUGAUGUGAAUGAAACCAAGAAACAGAUUAGGGGACAGGUACGCAAAGAAAGUUACACACAUCUUCAAGGUGAUAUUACAAAUAAAUAUGGAUAUGCUUAUUAUGUGACACAAAUUUUUCGUGGAGCUGAAACUAAACUAGACCCAGAUAAGCAGCUCGCGUACACCACAUAUUUCGCUGCAUCAGUUAUAGCUGAAUCUGCUCGAAACUUCCGGACAUUUCCUCUGAUUCUUAUGGCCGUGGAAAUGGUUGAAAAAAAUAUUAAUGGAGGAACGAAUUUUCUUAAUGAAGAGCAUUCGAUGGCAAGAGGAGGUAGUUGGAUUAACCAGGACCUACGCGGAUUUAGUGGCGCGGCAACAUCUACAGCUUCCAGUCAGCCAUCUACUUCCUCUGCCACACUUUCUCCCCUUCAAGAGGUCAUAGGAAGAGAAGUCAAACUGUAUGAUUUGUGGAUACAUUCAUUAUAUAAGGAGGAACUGGAUGGUGCAGAGGUAAAACGUAUUGCAGAACAGUUCAAUUUAACUGAAGGUGAUCCAGCUAUAAAUUACGACAUAUUUAAAAGCGAAAUGAAUGUUCCCAGAGGAGCUUCAGCAUCUGGAUGAUAAGGAGCCUACAAUGAUACGUACCUUUCCAAGACCUACGUAGACGUACCGUACCAGGCCUUCCAUGGCCACACCGUCAAGACAAAUGAUGACACAGCCAUGUCUAGUGUGGACUCUUUAACCGGUGAAGACUGAAACAUUUCCUGUUUAAUUUUAUUAUUAUUAUUUUUCUUUAUUCAUUUUCUUUAUAAUUUCAUGAUGUUUUUUUAAGUCAGACUAUGUUUGUAGAUGUGUGCUGAGCAGAGAGCAGGUAGAGUUAUAUUUUGCUUAAAGGUAUGAGUAAAAUGUAAUGUUCACUUGACUUGGCAGAGAUAUUCCAAUGAUGAUUAUACUUCAAAUGUGUAGAGUUGGUAUGCUCUUUGCAAGAAAAGCUAAGUUUCAACUGAUGCAAAUAUACCAUAUAUAUAUGAAGAGUUCAGAUGCAAAAGCCUCUAAGUGCCAUUUGAAAUUUUCUUCUAGAUUGAUCAUUU